AUGGAAGAUCAAUACGUAAAACGAAGCGUAACUACAGGAUGUUACAACGUAGAUGUGUCAAAUCCCAAUGAUAUAUGGAAAAGUGAAAACAUCCUGUUUUUCUACCUUCCUAACUUUGCAGCCCAAGUUGCUUUUAUGUUGUUGUCCACUCGUCUUUUGUACUACAUCCUCAGACCCUUGAACCAACCUCGUCUUGUAUCUGAGAUUUUGAUUGGUAUUCUGAUAAGUCCUGAACUAUUUGGAAUAUCUGCUUUAUCUGAGGUUCUGACCCCUAUAAAGUCAAUCCUAACUACUGAAACCAUAUCAUAUGUGGGACUCGUUUACUCUGUGUUCCUGGCUGGCUUGGACAUGAACUUUGACACAAUCCUAGGAGCAAGAAAGAAGGCCACAAGCAUUGCAAUUGCUGGCAUUGUCAUCCCAAUGGUAUUGGGUGCUGGCAUAUAUGCUUUGACUCUAAGCAUGUACAAGGGACCUGCUGAGUAUUGGGCAAAUUUCAACACCACUAAUGCUUAUAUGUUUUGGGCCUUAAUUUUAAGUGUCACAGGUUUUCCUAUGGUUAGUCACAUCCUUGCUGAUCUCAAGCUCCUCUACACAGGACUUGGCAAAGUGGCGUUAACAACAGCUAUGGUCAGUGACUUCUAUAAUUGGGUCAUGUUUGCAAUGUUGAUUCCAUUCGCCAUCAACGGGGCAAGCGCCAUCUACUCGGUGCUUGGAACCAUAGGUUUUGCGCUUUUAUGCUUCUUUGUUGUGCGGCCUUAUUUGGUACAGAUAAUAGUGAGCAAAACCAAUAAAAAUGAGUGGGACAAUUAUGGGUUGUUCUUUGUGAUCAUGGGAUCUUAUGCUAGUGCACUUGUUACUGAUCUCCUAGGGACACACCCUGUGGUUGGGGCUCUGGUGUAUGGAAUAAUGAUACCUCGUGGUAAAUUUACUCAGAUGCUCAUAGAGAAGUCAGAGGAUUUUGCAGCUGUUUAUCUGGCUCCAUUGUUCUUUGGUAGCAUUGGAAUAAGACUCAGAAUAGUAUAUGUUGUAAACACUCAAGGUUUGGGCCUGGUGCUUUUGAUUUUGUUCCUCUCUUUCAUCCCAAAGAUUUUAAGCACUGUUAUAGCGACUCAAUUUUAUGGCAUGUCUGUUCUUGAUGGUGUCUCAAUUGGACUGCUUAUGAACACCAAGGGCAUCUUACCAGUAUUAAUGCUCGUCAACGCCUGGGACAAGCAGAUUUUGAGUGUGGAGUCCUUCUCAAUUUUGACAGUAGCUGUUGUUAUGAUGACAAUGAUGGUGCCUCUAAUCAUCAAUGCCAUAUACAAGCCUAGGAAGUUAUACAAGCAAAGUAAACUAAAGACCAUACAGAACUUAAAGGGCGACAUAGAGCUGAGAAUACUAGCUUGUGUUCACAACCCUCGGCAAGCCACAGGAAUGGUCAACAUUCUCGAUGCAUGCCACACCACAAAACUCUCCCCUCUGCGCGUUUUUGCGCUUCAGCUUAUUGAACUAACUGGAAACACCACUUCCCUUUUGGCUUCUCAUCUCAAUCAGCACAACCAACAGCAGAGUGGUAGAGCACAAGCCCUCACAAAAGCACAAGAAGACUUGGAGAGCAUCACCAACAUUUUCCAAGCAUACACAGGCACAAAUGAGAACACCAGUGUGGAGACAUUUGCUGCAGCAUCAACUUACUCAACCAUUCAUGAGGACAUAUACAACGUGUCGCAGGAGAAGCAAGCGAACUUGAUUCUCCUUCCUUUCCACAAACAGUCAAACAUAGAGGGCAUUCUGGAGACAACAAACACUGCAUUCCAAGACAUAAACCGAAAUGUGAUGAGGGAUGCACCGUGUUCUGUUGGAAUCUUUGUCGACCGUGGACUAGGAUCAUUGUUCAAGGUGAACUUGCGCAUGCUCAUGCUUUUCAUUGGUGGCCCAGAUGACCGCGAGGCCUUGGCGGUCGCGUGGAGGAUGUCAAAGCAUCAAGGGGUGCAACUAUCAGUGAUGAGGAUCCUUAUGUAUGGUGAGGCUGCAGAAGUUGAUGUUUUGUCGUCCCAUCUUGAGUCUCGCGGACUGUUAGCCAUGGUGCUAGACAGUGAAAGGCAAAAGGAAUUGGAUGAAGAGUAUGUGAGUGCAUUUAGGCUCAAGGCAGUGAGCAAUGAAGAUUCUAUUAAGUAUUCAGAGAAAGAAGCUCGUUGUCGUGAUGAUAUUCCUCGAGUGCUUAAAGAGAUUGAAGAAAUUGGGUAUGAUUUGUAUAUUCUAGGACAAGGGACAGGUAGGAACUCAUUGAUCUUGUCAGAGUUGAUGCAAUGGGCUGAUUGCCCUGAACUUGGUGUUAUAGGGGACAUAGUGGCAUCAAACAGUUUUGGUUCAAGCUCUUCAGUGCUUGUUGUACAGCAAUAUGGUUUUGGGGGAAUGGUGUUUGAUAAUAGUAAUGCUGCCACACAGCAGCAACCUAGGGAAGUAGUGCCUGCAGAUGAUGAUGAUGAUUCUGGGGCACUUGCUAUCAAGGUAGAACAGCAUCAUCAGUGA